AUGUAUCAUCCACGCGCCAUCAAAUGGCCGGCGGGCCGUCUCCUGAGGGUCGCCUACGAGCAUGCCAUGGCCCUUGUCCAGGACAGGACAUCUGCGCUGUCGUCCACGUCGUACGCGGGCAAGACAUCGGCACAGAAGAGCCAGGUCAACACCCGAUCUGAAGACAUGCAAGUCAAGCGGAGAUCGGACGCUGCGCGGUAG